UUGGUACUAUACUCAAUACUAUAUAUUCUAUCAGAACAAGUAAAAUGUGUUAUUAGAUUAGUGGUUAAUGAGACAAAAGUAGUAUAUAAAAUUUCAGAAGAAAUAAAAUCAGCAGAUAUAACACGAGUUGUGUCACCCAGGGAACGAUAUGAAAAAAUACAACAGUGGUCAGUUCUUUAUACACGCCUCGCAGAGGCUACGAGAAUUUUUAAUAGAAUUUUUGGAUUUCAAAUUACAGUUAUGUUGACGACAGCGAUUUCUUAUAUUAGCAUAUAUAUAUACUCAAUGGUAUUUAUGAGUGUCGAUGGCUAUAUUAAAACAGACAUAUUUAUGAAAAUCGGUACUAAACUUAUAUAUUACAACAUUGAAAUAUUUUUCCUGUCAAUAGCAGCACAGAGACUGCAGAAUGAUGUGACGGAUUUAAAACGAAGCCUGGCAAUGCUAUUGACAUAUUCACUUCAAGAUUAUGAAGUUUACCGGGCUACGAAAGACCUACUGAGACUGGUUUUCAAUCGUCAAUUACAAAUUCAAGCAUUCGGGUCAAUCACGGUUGACAUGAGCUUACCGCCUGCCUCCAUUAUUCUAUUCACCACAUAUACAGUUAUUGCAUUACAAUUUAACAACGUGUUGUAA